UUAAAAUCGUCAAAACUCAAAAACUAAAGCUGCCCGCACCACCGCCUCUCCUCCGCCGUGCCGCCGGCUAUCUCCGAUCUGCUUACUGCCUGCACUGCGUCUAUUUUUCUAUGCGAGAUUUAUAGAAAGCCACAAUUUAUUCUCCAUUGAAGCGAAUUAGCUAUUAUGACAGUUGGAUUCCUUCCCGAUCAAAGGAAGUGAUCGAGCUGAAUAUCAAAUCGUCAACUCCGCCGACCUAGACCGCGAAAUUUCAAUUCAGUCAGCUGAAUUCGAGGUCGAUUUUGGUCUGACUCGAUAGGAAGAUAAUCCGAGAUUUCGCAGGAAAAGAAUGGAGUCGUCGCGGCAGGUAUUCUCGGUCGACCUACUGGAGAGGUAUGCCGCCAAGGGGCGGGGAGUGAUUACAUGUAUGGCCGCCGGAAACGACGUCAUUGUGCUUGGAACCAGCAAGGGCUGGGUCAUCCGCCACGAUUUCGGCGUCGGGGAUUCAUUUGAUAUUGAUCUCUCUGUUGGAAGACCUGGUGAGCAGUCAAUCCAUAGGGUUUUUGUUGAUCCUGGAGGUAGCCAUUGUAUUGCUACUGUAGUUGGCGGUGGGACUUCAGAUACAUUUUACACACAUGCAAAGUGGGCAAAGCCUCGUAUUUUGACUAGAUUAAAGGGCCUUUUGGUGAAUGCUGUUGCCUGGAAUAGGCAGCAUAUUACUGAAGCUUACACGAAAGAAAUCAUUCUCGGUACUGAAAAUGGACAACUUUAUGAAGUUUCUGUUGAGGAGAAAGACAAGAAGGAAAAGUACAUCAAAUUUUUGUUUGAACUCAAUGAAGUUACUGAAGAAUUUACAGGAUUGCAGAUGGAAACAACAGGCACAAAUAAUGGAAUUAGAUAUUAUGUGAUGGCUGUUACUCCAACUCGGCUUUAUUCUUUCACGGGAAUAGGUUCAUUGGAAUCUGUUUUUGUUAGCUACGCAGAGCGUUCAGUUCAUUUCAUGGAACUUCCUGGUGAAAUCCCAAACAGUGAGCUGCAUUUUUUCAUUAAGCAGAGAAGAGCAAUACAUUUUGCAUGGCUGUCUGGAGCUGGAAUCUAUCAUGGUGGCCUGAAUUUUGCAGCACUUCAUAGUUUACCAAAUGGGGAUCAAAACUUUGUGGAGAACAAGGCUCUCUUGGAUUAUUCUAAAUGUAGUGAAGGUGUGAUGGUUAAACCUAGCUCCAUGGCAGUGUCAGAAUAUCAUUUCCUUCUUCUAAUUGGAAACAAGGUUAAGGUUGUUAAUAGGAUCAACCAACAGAUCGUUGAGGAGCUUUAUUUUGAUCAAACAUCUGAUGCAGUUUCAAGAGGUGUUCUAGCUUUAUGCAGUGACGCAUCGGCCGGGCUUUUCUAUGCAUACGAUCAGAAUUCCAUCUUUCAGGUAUCUGUCAGUGACGAAGGUCGAGACAUGUGGAAAGUGUAUCUAGACUUAAAGGAAUAUGCUGCAGCCUUGGCAAAUUGUCGUGAUGCUCUCCAGAGAGAUCAAGUAUAUCUGGUGCAGGCAGAAGAAGCUUUUAUUGGAAAGGAUUUUCUCAGGGCUGCUUCCUUUUACGCCAAGAUCAACUUUGCAUUGUCAUUUGAAGAGAUCACUUUAAAGUUCAUUAGCAUAGGCGAGCAGGAUGCUGUAAGGACAUUUUUAUUGCGGAAGCUUGAUAAUUUUUCAAAGGAUGAUAAAUGCCAGAUAACCAUGAUUUCAACCUGGGUGACUGAAUUGUACUUGGAUAAGAUUAAUCGACUACUUUUGGAAGAUGAUGCCAUAUCUGAGCAUUCAAGUUCAGAAUAUCAAUCAAUUAUCACUGAAUUUCGAGCUUUUUUGAGUGACUGCAAGGAUGUAUUGGAUGAGGCUACUACCAUGAAACUUCUAGAAAGCUAUGGUAGAGUUGAUGAAUUGGUAUUCUUUGCUAGUCUAAAAGAGCAGCAUGAGAUUGUGGUUCAUCAUUAUAUUCAGCUAGGUGAGGCUAAGAAAGCACUGCGAGUUCUUCAGAAACCUAACGUUCAGGCAGAGCUUCAGUACAAAUUUGCGCCGGACCUUAUUAUGCUUGACGCAUAUGAAACUGUUGAAUCAUGGAUGACCAAGAAAGACCUGAAUCCAAGGAAGCUCAUUCCUGCAAUGAUGCGAUAUUCAAGUGAACCUCAUGCUAAGAAUGAAACCCAUGAAGUGAUAAAAUACUUGGAGUACUGUGUUCAUCGUUUGCAGAAUGAGGAUCCUGGCAUUCACAAUUUAUUGUUGUCUUUGUAUGCUAAGCAGGAUGACGAAAGCAGUCUUUUGCGCUUCCUCCAAUGCAAGUUUGGGAAGGGGCAGCUAAAUGGUCCCGAGUUCUUCUAUGAUCCAAAAUAUGCCCUGCGUCUUUGUCUUAAGGAAAAACGAAUGCGUGCCUGUGUUCACAUAUACAGUAUGAUGUCUAUGCACGAAGAAGCAGUUGCCCUUGCUCUACAGGUUGAUCCGGAGCUUGCCAUGGCUGAGGCUGAUAAGGUUGAAGAUGAUGAAGAUCUGAGGAAGAAACUUUGGCUUAUGGUUGCUAAGCAUGUCAUUGAACAAGAAAAAGGAACGAAGAGAGAGAACAUACGAAAGGCUAUAGCAUUUCUGAAGGAAACUGAUGGACUUCUUAAAAUAGAAGAUAUCUUACCUUUUUUCCCAGAUUUUGCUUUGAUAGAUGAUUUCAAGGAAGCUAUCUGCUCAUCGCUGGAGGAUUACAAUGAGCAAAUUGAAAAACUUAAAGACGAGAUGAAUGAUGCUACACAUGGAGCAGACAACAUAAGAAAUGAUAUUAGUGCCCUUGCACAACGAUAUGCUGUCGUGAAGAAGGACGAAGCAUGUGGGGUUUGUGGGAGAAAAAUAUUAAAUGCAGCUGAUGAUUACCGAAUGGCUAGGACCUACACUUCAGUUGGAUCGAUGGCUCCUUUCUAUGUAUUUCCAUGUGGGCAUUCCUUUCACGUUAACUGCUUGAUUGCCCAUGUGACUAAAUGCUCUAGUGAAUCUCAAGCCGAGUACAUAUUGGAUUUGCAAAAGCAGCUGACUUUACUUGGUAACGAACCUAGUAAGGAAAUGAAUGGAGGUUUAACAGAAGAAGAGCCAAUAGCAAGCAUGACUCCUGGAGAUAAGAUCCGGUCACAGUUGGACGAUGCCAUAGCAAGUGAAUGCCCAUAUUGUGGUGAUUUGAUGAUCCGCGAGAUAUCUUUGCAUUUCUUAGAGGAAAAGGACGAGAGUGAAGCAUGGGACAUUACGCCACAGAACCUUUCAUCACAGAAGAGCAUCUCUUUAAUUGCGUGAUUAUAUAUAAGUUGCUUGAGCCUCCGAACAACAUUUCUAGCAAAACGCAAUUUUGUAAUGUACGUAGUCAUUUGUUGUUUCCUCUUCAUUCGUGCGCCCGUGUGUGUGAUUUCUCGGUUCCAUGCACUCUUUUCUCCGUUUUACCCGGAUGUAGUGUGUUUCCAUUAGCUCGAGAGUUUGCUUAGUGUUCUGAUUUUUUCGGGUGAUUUCUAGGUUUACAAAGAUGUAAUUUGGGAGUUAUAUGUGAAUACCUCAACACGUCUCCUCCUCA